CCAGUGUGGUUAGGGCGUGUGUCUUCGUGAUGUGCUCAUUUUUUUUUUCUUAUCAGUAAAUAGUGUGCUGUGAUUGGGCUAGACACGAAUUCAAAAGGUCUUUGCUAUGCGUCUUAAGAUAUAGAAAAAAAUUUCUGUAGGAAAGGACACACACAAAAAAUGCUUGCUUCUCAACAAAGACGUCUGACUUACUUGCUGGUUGGAAAAACCGGCAUCGGAAAAAGUUCCACAGGAAACUCACUCCUGGGUCACAAUCUGUUUAAAAACAGUGACCUGGCUCUUUCAGAAACGAAUCAAAUUCAAGUCCAAAGUGCUACUGUAGAUGGAUACAAUCUAACUGUCGUUGACACACCUGGAGUGAUGCACACUGGUUUGGACCUGGAAGCAAUCAAGUUAAAAGCUUGCAACGACAUGAAAGAAGCGGUCAGCAAAUGUCCAAACUAUGGCAAAAUGGCUAUCGUUAUUGUUUUAAAGUACGGCGACCGUUUUACUGAAGAAAAUAAAACAACCGUUGAUAUUUUGAAACAAAUGUUUGGUGAGGAAAAUUUAUGCAAAUCUUGUGUUAUUGUCAUGACCCACGGUGACAUGUUUGCUUUAAAUUACCAGCAAGAGAAACAGUUUAAAGAUUGGAUGGCAGAGCAAAAGGAAGAACUGGGUCAAUUGUUUUCAUUAGUUCAAUAUAGAUGUCUUCUAUUCAAUAACAAAUGUAAAGAUUCAGCAGAAGUUAAAAGACAAAGGCAGAGAAUCAUCGACUUAGUGAAAGGCUUAGAUCAAGGAUACACAAAGACACAAUUUUCACUCCUAAAGAAACAACAUCACAGACUAGUAUUUGAGUUGCAAUUACCAAGUCUUCAAAUCAUGUAUGGAAAUAAAUUACAGGAGCUAUUUAACUCGUUUCAUUCUAUUUCUAUGUCGCCCAGAAGCCCGAAUAGAUUUGAAAGCUUGCUCCUAGCACUGAGCAAAUAUUUAAAUGAAUUAAACAAAGCGGAUGACCCUAGCACUAUUUUUUAUCUCGCGGAUGAACCGCGAUUUUUCCAAGUGUUACGAGAUCAAGUGACCAAACUACAAUCAAUGAUUGAGAAAGAGAAAAUGAUAGACAAUUAUGAAAAAGACCUUGACCUCCUUAUCUUAAAUUUAGAACACAGCAUUCAGCAGAAAACAUUUUCCGACCUGGAUUAUCGAGAAAGAGAAAUUAACUCUCUCUCAGUUAAUAUCAAAGACAACAAAGACAUCUAUAUCUCUUUGAAAGCCAAACUCAAACUAGUUCAUUCCAAACUUCUGAAAGCCAAACAGACAAAAGUCUCUGUGUUGUACGGAGCUCAGAUCGAUACGUUACGCAACGAUGUGGUGAAAACGAACAUUCCAACUCUGGUUAGUAGAUUCACCGAAUACUUCCGUCGAUUAAAUGAGAUAAGCGACUCUAUCAGUAAAGAAAAUCGAAAGAUUGGUGGGCUGGACCAUUUAGUGGACGACGUGGAAGAGUUAAAAAAGCGUAUAGAGUACAUGAAAGAGGACAACGACAUUUCCAUUGGCUGGACAUCGACAUCUGGCAUUAUGGCAGGAGUUAGCGUAGCCACUGGCUUUGUCCCAGUUGUUGGCCUGUUUAUCUCUGCAGCAUUGAAUACCGUACCGAUCAUUGGUAGAUCGAUCCACACAGCCGUAGUUCGAACGAAGAGGUCUACUGAUAUAGCCACCUCGUCCAUUUUGAGAAAUGACUUCACGUUCUUGUUGGUAGGAAAAACUGGGAGUGGCAUAAGUUCAACAGCGAACACAAUACUUGGACAGUACGCGUUCAAAACCAGCGAUAAAGCGAAGACAAAAACAUCCCGAGUGCAAGUCAAAAAGGUUUCUGUAGAUGGAUAUAACUUAACUGUUGUUGACACGCCUGGUCUCAUGAACACAGGCCUGGACCCUGACAAAGCUAAGUUAAAAGGUUGCAAGGAUUUGCAAGAAGCAGUCAGCAAGUGUCCAAACCAGGGUAAAAUAAUCGUCAUCAUCGUUUGGAAAUACGGUGACCGUUUUACUGAGGAGAACAGAACAAUGCUUCACAUUCUGAAACAAAUGUUUGGCGAAGGUAAUUUCAGUCACUCUUUUAUUGUGGUAGUAACGUACGGGGAUUUGUACGACUUUAAUUAUCCAAAUAGAAAAAGUUUCGUACAAUGGCAUAAAAAUCAAAAGACAGAUCUAGCUCAUUUGCUGUCUCUAGUUCAGUACAGAUGUGUGAAAUUCAAUAACAAAUCCAAACAAAAUGAAGAAUUUAAAAGUCAAAGGAAAACAUUAAUCGACUUAGCAAAAAUCUUUAAACACGGCGUUACUAAAGAACAGUUUUCUCUCUUGAGAAAACAACAUCAUAGGCUUACAUUAGAAGCCAAAUUGAAGGAAAAGCAAGUCUUGUAUAUGCAAAAAGAAAUGGAGUGCUCAGAGAAAUUGCAUUUCAUGAGUUUGACUUCCAGAGAUUUAAGUAGCUAUGAACAUUUAAUAAGCAUAAUUAGUCGACAUAUUUCGGAGAUGGACCAAGCUGAUUCACGUGAUUGCAUUCACUACAUGCGAUCUGAGUCUCGUUUUUUCACUAGAUUCCGUAAACGAAUAGAGCUCGUACAACGAAACUUAAGAAGAGAGCAAGCUGUUCUAGAGCAUGGCAAUGGACUGGAUCAGUUAACAGAGCAGCUAGAUCUAAUGGUGAAUGAGAAUACAUUUGAAGGGCUCAGUUAUUGUGAGAUGAAGUUUAAGAUUCUGUUACAAAACGAGGCUUACAAUAGAGACUUGUGCGUUCUUAAACCGAAAUUAGCUAUGGCCGAAUUAAAAUUAAAAGAAGCAGAAAGAAAGAGAAUACAGGUAGAGUUUAAGGCUAAACUGGACACGUUGAGAAAGGACAUGCGCGAAAUUACACUUCCUGUUUCGUUCCAAACAUUUAUUCACUUCCGUUAUCGACGUUACAAGAUUUACAGCACAUUAGCCAGUCAAAGCAGAAAUGUGCAAGGACAUGAAGACCUCUUGAACCAGUUGGACGAUAUGACAUCACAGAUCAAUUACCUCGAGGAAGACAAUUACAGUUACUUAGUAUGGAUGAUAAUCACUUUCAUUUCUGCUGGUCUGAAUAUUGCUGUAGGUCUUUGUACUGACAGUAGAGUGGCUGUAUCUGUGUCAAUGAUUUUACUUGCUUUUCCCAUGUUGGGCCGAUGGUUGCAGACUUUAUUUCUUAGACGUCGCAGAUCAAGAGACUUGGGUAUUAACUCAUGAUAUUUACAUACAAUUAUAUAGUCUUUUGAGAAAAAAAGAGAGAGGAAAAAGGAGAGAAGAGAGAGGAAAAAGGAGAGAAAGAGUAAGAAAGAAAAGAGAGAGAAAAGACAGAAAAAAGAAGAGAGAGAAGAGAGAAAAAGAGAGGAAAAUAAGAAAAGAGAGAAAUAGAAUAUACAAAGCGAAAAGAGAGAAAUAGUGAAGAAAGAGAGAGAGAAGAAAAGGAAAGAAAAAGAGAGACAGAAGAAAGAGGAAAGAGAGAGAGAAGAGAGAAGAAAGAGAGAGGAAAGAGAGAGAGAGAAGAGAGAGAAAUGAGAGAGGAAAGAGAGAGAAAGAGAAAGAAAGAAGAGAGAAAUGGGAAAAAAGAGAGGGAAGAGAGUGAGAGAGAAGAGAGAGGAAAAAGAGAGACUGAAAGAAAGAAGAGAGAAAUAUGGAAAAAGAGAGAAAAGAGAGAGAGAAGAGAGAGAAGAGAAAGAGAACGAAAAAAGAGAGAAAAGAGAGAGAGAAGAGAGAGAGAGAACGAAAAAAGAGAGAGAGAGAGAGAAGAGAGAGAAAUGAGAGAGAGAGAGAGAGAGAGAAAAGAGAUAUAAGAGAGGAAAGAAAGUUGAGAGAGAAAAAAAGAGGAGAGAGGGAAUUUCAAUAAUUUCCCCAAUGAUCUCUUAUGAAGUUGGAAGGAUUUAAUCUACACAUUCAUAAUGAUUCACAUUCAGCAUUCUACUGUAUAUGUUUCCAUUAUGUUCGGUGCAGUUAUCGUUUUUGAGUGAUACCUGGUCACUCCACUUUUAGUAAAGAAAAAAACUAGCGCAAUUUUGAUAGUUCGUCCUCUAAGACUGCAACAAAAACUCAAUUUUGUGUAAACAAAUCCGUAGCCGUAGCUCUAGAUUUCUCACGAUUCUAUCUCCACAUUGAAGACCUCAAUGGCUAUGUACAUAACUCUUCUUCAUAAUAAAAUGUUUUCCAAGUUA